UCCGCACUGCCUCCCCGGCGGUGCCGCAGUGUCGUGCGCUGCCUCUGGGGCCGGCCAGGGGGCGCUGGCUGCCGGCAGCUGCGGCGGCCUCGGCCGCGGAGCCAGCGAGCGAGCCCGGCUGGCAGGCGGUGAGGGCGGGCGCCGGCCUCUCCAGCGCUCGCGGGCUCGGCGGGGCCCGCCCGGGAGCGAGCGGCGGAGCGGGGCCCCGGGAGAUCGCCCUCGCCAUGCAGACCCGGCGGCGCCUGCUGCCUCGCGAGGAUCAAGUAGAACACACUGAUUCAGCAGAACUGGCUGGUUGUGCUGCAGUCAUCAUGAGUAGGCACAGGGUCAUUCGUUUCUUAACACAUGUAUAAGAAAAAAAGGUUCAGACAAGAAUCUGGUGGUCUUUCCCUGACAAAUGGAGAACUAUUUCCAAGCAGAGGCAUAUAACCUCGAUAAGGUUUUAGAUGAAUUUGAGCAAAACGAAGAUGCCGCUGUUUCACCUACACUGUUGGGUGCAAAGUGGAAUCAGAUUCUAGAUCCCCCGUCUCGUUGUCUGUCGUUUAACCCGACCGUGGCCAAUGUGAAUGAAGCUACAGCUCCUGAUGAAUGUCAACAGAGAUUAAAGUCUUUCUCCCUGUCUCAUUCAGUGACCACACCAACAGGCAGAGGGGUUCACUGUGCUAAUGGAAAGGAUUUUAGUAUAAGCUCAGAAACCCCAGCCAUGUGGAUUGAUGAUCAGGCAGCAGCAGACGAUCAGUUAAUUAAGAGGAAUAGCAAUCGGGAUGAUCAGUGUAACACUGCAGAAACAAGAGAAAAGAGAUGUGGAAAUACAGCUUGCGUGCCAGAAGAAAAAAAUGUACUGGUGGUGGCAGUCAUGCAUAACUGCGACAGAACAACACUACAAAGUGGUGAUUUGCUGGAUUGUAAAAAUUACAACAGUCAGUCCCUAAUGGACACUAUUAGCUUUACACUGGAUAAUGAAAACCGACAGAGUGAUCAGUUUAGUGUUACUGUAAAUGGAUCAACUGAAAAAGAUACAGAUACAGAAAAGCAAGUAAAUCGGCUCUGUGCUGAAGAUGACUCUAUUAGUCAUUUGAUUAAUGCUUCAUCUGAAAGUCUCUCUAUUGCAUGCCCCUCCUCUCGAUUGAAGGAUGAUUUUAAUAUGAGUAGAGAUUCACUGUUUUCAGAAGCUACAACUGCAGGGAUUAAUGCAGUGACUCUAUUGCAGAGACCAGCUGAUGGUACCAUUAAAAUGCAAGAAAAUUGUGUAUCAGUUGAAAAUUUUACUAGUAAAGCCAUUACUCAGCGAACGGAUCUAGAAGCUAAGAACUCUUCUUGUUCAAGUAAUGAAAGCUUAAUUGUAGAAGCUAUAGAAGAGCAAACAUCCCAACAAUUUCCAUCUAGGCUAUCUGGGCUCACCGAGUCUUGUCAACCUAAUGUGGCUGGAAGUGGCAAUUACAAGGAACAUGUUGCAGAACAUUCUGCAUCUGAGGAUGUUAGUGGCAUUGAAAGUGAAGUCAGUGAAUGUGAUAAAAAUCUUGGCACAACUGAAUUGCUCAGCAUAGCGGAGUGUUACCCUGAAUCUCAGGAGAUGACUAAUUGGGAACUGACUAAAUUGAAUGAGAUGAAUAAUAAGCAAACUCUGGGAGAGAAUGAAAGACUUCUGCAGACAAAGCAGCCUGAUGAGGCAUGUAGUAAUAGUAGAGAAGGUGGAGAUGGGAUGAUGGAGGCAGGUGUGGUCUUAAAAGGAACUGGUAUAGAUAAGCUUGAAGGGCCCAGUCUCUCUGAUGUUGUGGGUACAUCAGCAGCAAGCUCUUUGUCUAAUGGUUGUGAUUCCUAUGGAAUGCAGAACCCUGUUGUUGCUCAUAUUCCAAAGACUUUACCCUCCAAGGAAGACUCGGUAACAGAGGAGAAGGAGAUAGAGGAGAGCAAGUCAGAAUGUUACGCUAACGUUUAUGAACAGAGAGGAAAUGAGACCGCAGAAGGUAGCGGUCUUACUUUAAACAGCACUGGUGACCAAAUAAAAAAAAAUUAUUUACAUAACCUCUGUAGUCAGGUCCCAUCCAUGCAAGGGCAAACAUCACCAAAACCAGUGACUAAUAUGCAAUCUAUUAGUGUUCCUUUUGGUGGUGCAAGACCUAAACAACCUACAAAUCUUAAACUGCAGAUUCCAAAGCCAUUAUCAGACCACUUACAAAAUGAUCUUGUUCCCCCAAACUGUGGAGGUAAUAGUAAAAACAAAAACGUCUUUGGUAAAGCGCAACUAGGGGAUACCUUGACAGCAGACAUGUUUCCUGGUGAGACGUCUUUAAAUGUCUCUAUUACUGAUACUAAUGGGGAACAUUUGGAAGAGUAUGAAUCUGGAAUCUCUAGUAGUCCGUGCCUUGCAGUAGCCCCAGAUAGUCCAGAUAAUGAUCUCAGAGCUGGUCAGUUUGGAGCGCCAGCCAGAAAGCCUUUUACAACUUUGGGUGAGGUGGCUCCGAUUUGGGUUCCGGACUCUCAAGCACCAAACUGCAUGAAAUGCGAGGCCAGAUUUACAUUCACCAAAAGAAGGCACCAUUGCAGAGCUUGUGGGAAGGUUUUUUGUGCGGCAUGCUGCAGCCUGAAAUGCAAGUUGCUGUACAUGGACCGAAAGGAAGCUAGAGUGUGUGUAAUCUGCCAUUCAGUACUAAUGAAUGCUCAAGCCUGGGAGAACAUGAUGAGUGCCUCAAGCCAGAGUCCUAACCCUAACAAUCCUGCUGAAUACUGUUCUACUAUCCCUCCUUUGCAGCAGGCUCAGGCCUCAGGCGCCCUGAGCUCUCCGCCUCCCACUGUCAUGGUACCUGUGGGAGUUUUAAAGCAUCCUGGAGCAGAAGUGGCUCAGCCUAGAGAACAAAGGCGUGUUUGGUUUGCUGAUGGGAUAUUACCCAAUGGAGAAGUUGCCGAUGCAGCAAAACUGACAGUGGCUGGGACAACUUCCACGGGAACCUUAGCAGUGUCACAUGAUCCAACAAAGCCCGUGACGAACAACACUUUAUCAGCAGAAACUGAUAACACUUCGGUAUUCUCGGGAAGUAUAACUCAGGUUGGCAGUCCUGUUGGCAGUGCAAUGAAUCUAAUUCCUGAAGAUGGUCUUCCUCCAAUUCUCAUCUCCACUGGAGUAAAAGGAGACUAUGCAGUAGAAGAGAGACCUUCUCAGAUCUCUGUUAUGCAGCAGCUAGAGGAUGGUGGCCCUGACCCUCUUGUAUUUGUUCUAAAUGCUAAUUUGCUGUCUAUGGUAAAAAUUGUAAAUUAUGUGAACAGGAAGUGCUGGUGUUUCACUACAAAAGGGAUGCAUGCAGUGGGGCAGUCGGAGAUAGUCAUUCUCUUGCAAUGUUUGCCUGAUGAAAAAUGUUUGCCCAAGGAUAUCUUUAACCAUUUUGUGCAACUUUAUCGGGAUGCCUUAGCAGGUAACGUUGUGGGCAACCUGGGACACUCCUUUUUCAGCCAGAGCUUCCUCGGAAGCAAAGAGCACGGGGGCUUCUUGUAUGUUGCGGCUACGUAUCAGUCCCUGCAGGACCUGGUGCUCCCGACCCCACCCUACUUGUUUGGCAUCCUCAUCCAGAAAUGGGAGACACCCUGGGCUAAAGUCUUCCCCAUCCGGUUGAUGUUGAGACUUGGAGCUGAAUACAGACUUUACCCAUGCCCACUUUUUAGUGUCAGAUUUCGUAAGCCGUUGUUUGGAGAGACUGGACACACAAUUAUGAACCUGCUUGCAGACUUCAGAAAUUACCAGUACACGCUGCCUGUGGUCCAAGGUUUAGUGGUUGAUAUGGAAGUCAGAAAAACCAGCAUUAAAAUUCCCAGCAACAGAUACAAUGAGAUGAUGAAAGCCAUGAACAAAUCCAACGAGCAUGUUCUGGCAGGGGGAGCGUGCUUCAACGAGAAAGCAGACUCGCACCUGGUGUGUGUCCAGAACGACGAUGGGAAUUACCAGACGCAGGCCAUCAGUAUCCAUAACCAACCGAGGAAAGUGACUGGUGCCAGCUUCUUCGUGUUCAGUGGAGCUUUAAAAUCCUCUUCAGGUUAUCUUGCCAAGUCCAGUAUUGUAGAAGAUGGGGUAAUGGUCCAGAUAACUGCUGAGAACAUGGACUCUUUGAGGCAGGCCUUGAGAGAGAUGAAAGACUUCACCAUCACUUGUGGCAAAGUAGAUGCUGAAGAUCCUCAGGAACAUGUUCAUAUUCAGUGGGUAGAUGAUGAUAAAAACUUCAGCAAGGGUGUUGUGAGCCCUAUUGAUGGCAAAUCAAUGGAGUCUAUAACAAGCGUGAAGAUAUUUCAUGGCUCAGAGUACAAGGCAAAUGGAAAGGUCAUUCGGUGGACAGAGGUGUUUUUCCUGGAAAAUGAUGAACAACAUAACAGUCUGAGUGACCCAGCUGAUCAUAGCAGACUGACUGAAAAUGUGGCAAAGGCUUUCUGUUUAGCGCUCUGUCCUCAUCUUAAAUUGCUAAAAGAAGAUGGAAUGACUAAGCUAGGUCUGCGUGUUACGCUUGACUCAGAUCAAGUUGGUUAUCAAGCUGGGAGUAAUGGACAGCCACUGCCCUCUCAAUACAUGAAUGACCUGGACAGUGCCUUAGUUCCAGUGAUUCAUGGAGGGGCAUGUCAGUUGAGUGAGGGGCCAGUCAUAAUGGAGCUCAUCUUUUAUAUUCUGGAAAACAUCUCAUAAGAGGACUUCAUUUUCUGUUCAGACCUGUUCCAGCAGCAGUUGUAUCUGAAUCAUUUGCACUUUAAAACUGGAAAAUUAAGCUUUUGUUAACACUAUUAAUGGGAAGUGGGGGGCGGGGGGGAGGGAGGGACAGUUGUUCCAUAAUUCUAAAUCUUCUAUGCAUUGUCAACAAACAGAGGAUCAGGGCAGCUUCUAUACUACAACAUGGCUAUGCUAUCCUUGCAGCUAAUACACUUCUGUUACUGUUUAGAAAAAUGCUCAUGUUUAAAGACUUACAGUCAUGUACUCUUAAAUGCUCAAACGGGUGCAAAGAUCACUGGGGCGCAAAUAAAAAAUGAAACUCCAAUCUUGUACUGUUUGUAGAUGGACAUAUAAGAAACAACAAUCAAGACCUCCAUUCUGACCUCAUCAUAAUGCCGUUUGUGGUUAUUCUGUAGACAUUAAAAAGUAACGUUUACAUUAUUUUGACCAGAUUAUUGGUUGAAAUACAUCUGGGGUAUUCCUAGAGAGAUGUGUGGAAAGAUUACCUAGCCAUAACUACAUUUGUAUAUGAGAACUUUGUCAAAAUGAGAAGGGCAGGCAUCUCUCUGACAGCGAUAUUAUGUAAACUGCAAGUUGUGUGUGUGUAAUAGGCUAGUUUACUUUUUUCCUCUAUUUACUAUAAAAACUUGUCACCUCAGCAGAUUUCUAUAAUCUCCUAGAACAACUCUGCUAUCUAGACUUUGUUUACAAAUCUGUAUGAAUUUCAGAUACCUGUCACAAGCAGAGGAAAUAUUAGCCCUAAAGUGCAGUUAUAUCUCAUUCCUCUUCCCCAGUAGAUCCUGCUUUUUAAAGAAAAGUAACACCCAGGGCAGCUUUAAGUCUCCUCCCUGCUGUAUGCUGUAGUGUAAUGCUAGUGUCAUGUAAUACAAGACAGCUUGCACUUCAUAUUAGCAGCAUCAUGUAAAAGCUUACCUGUGAUAAAAGUAUAGAGUGGCUGUUUUUGCAUGUUCUGCUGAAAAAGGCUUUCUGGUCAGCGCUGAAAACUUGCACUUGGCCCAGUGCUCCUGGUCUCACCUAAGAGGGCAUUUGUGAAGGAAGCAGCUGCUCACGUCUGCCACAACAUUAUGAAGCUGGAACUGAGAUGCAGCCAGAGGAAAUGUGGUUCCACAUUCUUAUUAAAUUAAGUUGUCUCUAUGGAGAGCUGCUAACCAGGGGAAAGAGCUGAAAGCAGAAGGGGUUUGGUUUGUUUAGUCUUAACCAUGCAAAGCAGCUGUUUACAUCCCUCUCAGGAAGAGGGCAAAGGGGUUUUUUUUUUUUUUUUUUUUUUUUUUUUUUUUUUUUCCCUCCUGUCUACGCUGUGGCCAUUUCAGAAACAGAAAAUUAGUUUGGAAAUGGAGGGGCUAAUUUAUGGUUAAAGCAGUAUCGCGGACCUUGCAUUGUCCCUGCUUUGCAAUCAGUCCUGUUGGGUGCACUGGGGCUUAUUUUGUUUCUACUGUGUAUGAAUAACACAGGAGCCGUAUCAAAUAUAAAGAGAAUUGCAAGGCUACUGUGGGCACUGAUACUAUGUUUUUUUUAAACAAGCAAGUAUAUACAGCAGUAGCUGGGCAAAGGAAAAGGUAACUGUACAGGCAGCAAUGUAUUUUACAUAAAAACAGCACAGUAUAUGUACAGGGUGCAUUUGUGAAUAAAUGGCUACUGCUUAAAAAAAAAAAUACAAAAAAUCAUACAAAUCCAAUACAGCAAAUUACAGCUGUCACCACACAACACUUGGAGAGAAGGGCCACAGAACUGGGGUCCAACUCCAGAAAUAAAAAUUGGCCAAAAAAAAAGAGGGAGCACAGUCGUUAACACUUUCCUUUUAAGUGUACAGCAAGGUUAAAAAAAACCUUACCUCUGGCAUUUGGGAAAAGAUGGCUUAGUGUUUCAUGCUGGAUAACCCUUAAGCUACUACACACAAUCAUUAGCCUUCCUAUAUAUUUGUGCAGUGGAACAGGGCUAAGGUUACUUUUAAACUCCCUUCUGCACACUGUUUUUGCACACACUUUGGGACAAAGUGCAGCACCAUGUGGCGCAGGCGAGAUUCAGUAUCUGGAAGAGCAUUCCAUGAACUAAGUACAAGCUUCCUUCUAGAGACUGCACUCCGGCUUUGCCACAGCAGCAGCUUUCCAGUUAUGUUAGUUGCAUUGUUAUGCUUAAUAAUGCGGUAAAAGAGGUUAAAGAUCUUAAUCUUCUCUUCCUUUGCCCCAAAAGUCAUUUACGUUUGGAUUAUGUUCGUGCAAAACACUAUCAACUGGUGACUGACAUGUUUGCUUCAACCAUAGCCUUUUAAAUGACCUUAAUUACCAUGUUGUUAAGAAAUGAGUACUUGUUUUAGAAAAAAAAUUGUACUUUUAAAAUUCAGUUAGUUAACACUGCAAAAAACUGCAUAUUAUAUUUUUAUUUUCAACAUGUAGUUUUGUAUAUUAAAUUUAUUGAAAUUAAAAACUAAA